AUGAUUCUACUCCAAAUCCUCCUUGUUGCCUUCUUCUCCUUCUACACCUUGGUGUCCGCCUUGCCAACCCCUACAACCGCUCAAGAAGCUCUAGCUAAAAGAUGGCACGAGGAUCACAAACGACAUCAUCCCGCCGUGGGUAAUAACGCUAGGCCUUCUCCAUCGGCGAGUCGAGGCCUAACAAAAGCGGCGCAGAAGAAACCCAUUCCUUCCAGUGCUCCAUCGAGCAAAAUCACUCCCUUAGGAGCCUCAGAAGAUUUGUCAAGAUGUUUAGCUAAACAAAUGGCUUGUCCUAUCUCUCCCAUGACGGACAUUCAGUUGGAGAAGUCAACGGCUGAUACUCCUUACGAGUGUGUGUCGCCUCAAGAAGACUUGUAUUCCUGUGGUGGAUGUACCACACUCGGUACCGGUUUUGAUUGCACUGCUAUUCCAGGAGUCUUAUCAGUAUCAUGUUCAGUCGGUCUUUGCAAUGUACAUGCUUGCGAGCCUGCGUACACGUUGACUUCCGAUGAACAAGGAUGCGCACUUAUCUUUGCUGGGAAUGCCACGUUACCAACCAAUACCACCGGGAUCAGCAAUACUACGGAACUACUCACUACGCCUUCGAAACGAACACAUCUGCUAUUCAAGGCAAAUCGCCCUCACCUAUCACAUCAGUAUAAGUCAUGA